AUGCCUUGUAUCGUUAAAGUGAGAAUAUCUGGUAUAAGAGAUUUUAAUGCCUUUGAAAAAUCUGAAAUUGAUUCUUUUAAAUAUAUUGAAGUCACAUUAGGAGAAACAAAACAAAGAACAAAAUUCAACAUUAAUAGAAAUACAAAUGAUUUAAAUUUAUCAUUUCGAUUAGAAAUUGCAGAUGAUUCAGAACUUCAAAUAUGUCCACUAAAAAUAAUAAUAGAUGAUGUAGAAAAUAUAAAUAGUGGCUAUAUUCAAAUAGAUUUUAGUUUUUUUUAUUUUCAUGAUAAUUUGAAAUUAGAAGGAUGGUUUCCUUUAUAUGAUUCUUUGGCUGGGUUAAAAGGUGAAUUAUAUUGUAUUAUAAAAUGGGAAUUUUUUGAAGAAAAAAAUCCUUACAAUGAUAAUAGUGCAGAUAUUUUACUUUUAGGAACUACAUCUUUUCAAAAUAAUUCACCCUAUCAUAUAGAACAAAUAAUAGAUUUUGCAGCAAAGUUGUUAGGUGGUAAUGCAAUUUUAGGUUACCAAGAACAUUUAAACUUAGAAGGAAGUACAACAAACAAAAUUUGUAUUCGAAUUAUAGGAACAGUUGUGAAAUUAAGAAAAAAAAGUGUUAAUGAUUUAAAUUAUUAUAAUUUCAUUGAAAAUAACAAUAUAAAAAAUAUUUUAAGAAAUAAUGAAUUAUUUUUUGAAAAUAAUUUUGAUAAAAAUAAAGAUGUAAAAUUUAAUAAAAGAGAAAAUAUACAUCCAUAUUCAUCAUAUAAUUAUGUUGAUGUAAUUUUGCUUACCCUUGAUUCUUUACCUAAUAAUAUUAAGUAUACUUAUGGUGGUUUAGUUGCUUCAAAAGCUGUUAAGGUUCUACAUCAAAGAUUAACAGAAGAACAUAGAGACGAGUGGUUAUUAGAAAUUAGAGAUGAAUUAAAAUCAAAUGCAAAAUUUUUAUCAUGUAAUGCCAUUUUAGGUUACAAAGAAGACAUAUAUAUUUUUAAUGAUGUAAUAGUCUUAUUUUGCUAUGGAACAGCAAUAAAUAUAUUCUCUUGUUUUUUUCUUGAUGAUAAAAUAAUUUCAUUUGUAUCUAAUGAAGAAAAUAAAUUAAAUUCAUUUAAAAAUAAUUACAUAAGUCUAAAUAAAAAUACCAGUUGCAUAUAUUUACAUUAUUCCUCAGAUGAAAUAGAAAAUAAUAAGGUUCUUUGUAGAAUGUGUAAUGAAGCAUUUGUGCCAAAAAUUUUUAUAUCGUCUUCAAAUAUUCCUGAAGAUCUAGUCAUAAUUGGAAAUGGUUUUUUAGUUUCAGCAUUUGUCAUAUAUCCCUUAAAAAAACAUUAUGGUGAACAUCUUGCCUCUGAAAUAAGUGAAAUACUUCCUUUUUUAGAAUUAAAUUUACAUAAACAAAUAAUUUGUAAAUUAUUAGUAAAUGGAUUUAAUAGUAUUUUUGGUUAUAAUUUAAAAUUAUGUUUUAAUCAUAAUUACUUAUUUGGUUUUUGUUAUGGCACUGGAAUAUGUGCAUAUGGAAUACAUUCGGAAAAUAAAUUUAUAAUUAAAUCAAAUUAUAAAGAUAAUUUUCAUAUAAGAAAUAAAUCUAUAAAUGUAAAUGAAUUAAAAACAAUUUAUGAUAAUAUAAACUAUAGAUCAUUUUUUAGUAAAAAUAAAAGUUUAAUUUCUCCUGUUUUUAUAAAAGGACAUAUUGUUUAUAACAAUGAUAUUAAAGAAAAAACAAAAGAAACUAAUAAAAUCGUAACCUUUAAUACUAAUAGAAAAAAUAAAGAUAUACUAUAUGAUAAUGAAGAGGACUUAAUAAAUUACAAUGAAUUUGCAAAUGAAGAAGAUUGCAAUGAUAAUAAUUGUAAUAUUAUAAGUAACAAUUAUUUUAGAUUAAAAGAGAUUUACUUCAAAAAAGAAAACGAUUUAAAUAGGUCUAAUGAUAGCGAUUCUAUGAAAUAUGUUAAUUGUAACAACAAAAAAGAUAAUGAUUUUAAUAAUUCCAAUUUAGAAAUAAUAAAAAAGAAAAAAAAAAAAAGGAAAAAAGAAAAAUACAAAUCUAGAAAAAACAAAAACAAAAACAAAGGUUACAUAUAUGAAGUAGAAGAUCAUCUUGAUAAUAUAACUCUGCUAAAUAUUUAUCAUGAUAGCAUUGCUUUAUAUAAUUAUAUUUUUAAUUUAGAUGUCAAACUUUUUCUUUUAAAAAAAAUGAAUGAUAGUAUUACCUCUAUAAAAAAAGGUUUACCUAAUUCACACUUAUUAGAACCAAUAAAUAAUAAGGAAAAUCUACAAAUAAAACAUAGUGAACUUAGAAAAGUUAAAGAAAUAGAAAAUGUAAAAAAUGACGAGAAUAUCAAUGAAAAUAAUAAAAAAAAAAGUAAUUCUUUAAUUAAUGAAAAUAAAAAAGAAAAAUGUAAUGAUAAUAACAGAAGUAAUAAAAUUAGUGAUAAUGCUGAAAAAAAAAGCAGUAGUAAGAAUUUUAUUAAAAUUGGUAACACUAAUCAGAUUCCUAAAAAAAAUUUUUAUUUUUUUGAACAAAAAAGUAAAUCAAAUACUAAUAGAAAUAUAAAUUAUAACUAUACUAAUAAUAAAAAUAAAAAGUUAUCAAAUAUACAAAUAGGUAUUAAAAUGAAAGAAUCAACAAAUAUAACACAAGAUAAAAAUGAUGUAUACCAAGAACAAUCAAAUAAAGGUAAAAAAGAAAAAAGAAAAAAAGAAAAUGAAGAGAAUACUAGCAAUACGAAAGAAAAAAAAGAAAGCAAAUUUAAUAUUUUGAAGAGCAAAAAUAUUAACAAAAAGAAUAAUUACAAUAAUAUUAUAAUUAAAGAAGACCCUAGUUCUACUAAGAAAAUUAAUAACUAUAUAAUGAUAAAUGAGGCUAAUGAGAAAAGGAAUAUAAAUACUGAAAAAAAAAUAAAAGAAAAUAACUAUUCAAAUAAAUAUGCAAAAAGUGAAAAUAGUUCAACUACUCAUCAAGAAUUAAAGAUAAAUGAAAAAGGAAAUUCUUUAAAUUACACAAAUUACUUUUUCUAUAUAUUUACUUUAGACCUUCUACCAAAUAUAAGAUUUGAAUCCUUUUAUGAAAUGGAUGAUAAUAUAUGUAAUUAUGAAAAUUCUAAUAUAAGAUCAAAUAGUGAAUAUAUAUCAGAUAGUAAAAUAGUUAUAGCAUCUAAAAAAAAUUCAGUUGCUAUAUCAGCUAAAGAUGAAAUUAAAGAAAUUUCUAUGAUUAAAAAUACAAAUUUAGAUGUAGAAAAAUCAUUAAAUAAAAUCAACAAACAUAAAAAAAAAGUUAAAAGUCUAAUAAACGAAGAAAAAGAAAAUGAAAGUAUAAAGGCGUCUUCUUUUUAUAACAAUCAUCAAAUUUUCUCAUUUGAUGAAAACGAAAAUUCUUCCAAAAGAAAAGAGCAAAGAAAAAAAAAAAUGGAUUAUGAAGAAAAAAAAAAAAAAAAAAGGGAAAAACAAUUUAAGAAUAGAAGCAAAUAUACUUACUUAAAUAAUUUAUCAAAAAGUUAUAUAUAUUUAAUUAAAAGAAUUAAUUUAUUUAGUGAUAACAAUAACGAAGUUGAUAUUAUUUAUGAAAAAAUUAAUAAAGCAUUUAUCGAUUUAUAUAAUAUUUUUAUAUUUUAUAUUUUUAUACAUAAUUUAUUUCCAUGUUGUAUAUGUAGCAUAAGAAUAAAUUUUUGUUUGGUUUCUUUUGAUAUAUUAGAAAUUAUGCUUACAGGACAUUUAGUAAAAGUUAAAAAUAAUGAUGUGAUAAAUUUAGAAUUAGGAAAUAUGAAUAAAUCUGUUCAAGAAAACUUACUUAAACACUUUUUUAAUCAUUUAGAAAAUUAUUAUAUGGAAAAAUCGGAGUUAUUUUAUAAUACAAAUUUUUUUACUUAUGAUCCAUAUAAGGUUUUUUUCAGAAAAAAAGAAAAAAACGAUUUUCCUCAAUUUGGUUUUAUUACAUCUCAUAGAAAUAAAAAAGGUAAAAGAAAUGUUUCUAAUUUUUUAACUAGCAAAUUUGCUAAUUUUCGUUUUUUUAAUUUUAGUGAAAAAAUUAAAAAUUUGUUCAAAAAAAGCAAAAACAAAAAUAUGAACUCAAAGGAAAUGAUUCAAAAAGAAAUAGAAAAAGAAAAAAAGAAAAAUAAAAUAAACAAAUUUCACUUAUUAUUAAAAAAAGGAGAUAAAAAAAAUCAGUCUACUUCUGAAGUAAACAACUUAAAUGAAAGUUUAUUUUUAUUCAAUCAGUUAAAAAAUUAUAUUUUAUUAGAAAAUAGCAAAAACUUAUAUGAAAAUUAUGCUGAAAGUAAGUUCUCCUCAAUUAUCAUAACUCCAUUGAAUGUAUUACCAAAUGUGAUAAUCAAAAAAUACUUUGGGGUAAUAUCAUUGCAUAUAGUAAAAGAAAAUAUCAAUUUAAAAAAAUUUGACUUUUUUUAUCAAAGUUUAAUAUCAGAUAUAUUAUUCAUAGCAAAGUCUCAUAUAAAAGCAAUUGGAGCUAAUUUAAUUUCUUCAUUUAAAAUUACUAAUUUAUUUUUAAGAGAAGAAAAAUCUCAUGGAUAUGCUCUUAUUAGCAUCUGUGGAGAUGUUGCAAAGUUUUAA